AUGGGUCCACUCAUUAAGCUUGCUCUUUUAGCAUGUUUUAUCCCACUAAUUUUUGAUUUGACCUCAUCAAACUAUUUCAAAUAUAAGGAGCUAGAGGCAUCUGAUAUAUAUCGGUCAAGAUCAGUUGAUAUACUAGAUUUAAAUUCUAAAUCGAGAAGAUAUUUGAACAAAUUACCAAAAUUAUCCACAAAUACGUACGACGAAUAUCCAUUGAACUACACGCAUAAUAAAACCAAUUUCGAACGUGAGAAUGCUACACUAUUGAUGCUAGUAAGGAACAUGGAAUUGGAUGGGGCUCUUAAAUCAAUGAGAUCAUUAGAAGAUAGAUUUAAUAGGAAUUAUAACUAUGAUUGGACAUUUUUAAACGAUGUUCCCUUUACGGAAGAAUUCAUAGAAGCCACUUCAGCCAUGGCAAGUGGGAAAGCUCAAUACGGGCUAAUUCCAAGUAAUGAUUGGGAUAGGCCCAAUUGGAUCAAUGAAACGAAAUUCGAAUCCAAAAUUAAAGAGAUGGAAGACAAUGGCGUACUCUAUGGCGGUUCUAAAUCUUAUCGAAAUAUGUGUAGAUUUAACUCAGGGUAUUUCUUCAGGCAGGAGCUACUUUCAAAUUAUGACUACUAUUUUAGAGUUGAACCAAAUGUUGAUUAUUUUUGUGACUUCCCAUACGAUCCAUUUAAGAUUAUGAAAGAAAAGCAUAAAAAAUAUGGAUUUGUAAUAACGAUAUAUGAAUAUGAGGAAACUAUCCCGACCCUAUGGGAUGCAGUGGAAGAAUACAUAAAAGUGGACAAUGGUCAAGAUAUUGAUAUGGAAACAAAUGCAGUAAAGUUUAUUACUGAUAAGAGUUUAGUUGGGAGAUAUUAUCCAAUUGUCCAUUCAAAUUCAUCUUACAAUCUAUGCCAUUUUUGGUCAAAUUUUGAAAUUGGUGAUUUGAAUUUUUUCAGAAGUGAAGAGUACAUAAAAUUUUUUGAAUUCUUGGAUGCAACGGGUGGAUUUUACUAUGAAAGAUGGGGUGAUGCACCAGUGCAUAGUAUUCUGGUGUCACUUUUAUUAGAUCGAGAUGAAAUAAUACAUUUUGAUCAAUUAGGGUACACACAUUUACCGUUUGAUACUUGUCCGACAGCUUAUCAUUUACAAUUAGAUCAAAGGUGUCUAUGUGAUCCAGGAAGAGAAGAAAAUAUUGAUAUUACACCGAACAGUUGCUUAAUGAGGUGGUGGAAGAAUGGUGCUGGUAAGAGUUUUAUGAGGGAAGGAUGA